AUGUAUUUGGAAACUAGAAGGGCUAUUUUUGUUUUUUGGAUUUUUCUCCAGGUUCAAGGAACCAAAGAUCUCUCCAUUAAAACAUACCAUUCUGAAACUAAAGAUGUAGACAAUGCCCCAAGAAUCGAAACAACUGAAAGUACUACAAAAAUGUACAAAGUGUCAACCAUGAAACGAAUAUUCGAUUUGGCCAAGCAUCGACCCAAAAGAUCAACAUUUUUCCCAGCCGGGGUUAAAGUCUGUCCACAGGAAUCCAUGAAACAGAUUUUAGCCAGUCUUCAAGCUUAUUAUAGAUUGAGAGUGUGUCAGGAAGCAGUGUGGGAAGCAUAUCGGAUCUUUCUGGACCGCAUCCCUGACCCAGGGGAAUACCAGAACUGGGUCAGCAUCUGCCAGCAGGAGACCUUCUGCCUCUUUGACAUUGGAAAAAAUUUCAGCAACUCCCAGGAGCACCUGGAUCUUCUUCAGCAGAGAAUAAAACAGAGACACUUCCCUGAGAGAAAAGAUGAAAUCUCUACAGAGAAGACAUUAGGAGCACCUGGUGAAACCCCUGUGUUUUCUCCAGAUGUCUCCAGUGUCUCGCUUGGACCCUUCCCUCUCACUCUUGGUGACACAUUCCUCAACGACACCAUCAUGCCUACAACAGAAAGAAAAAUAGAAUCCACUAAGGUAUACAAAGGCCCACUGGAGCAGAAGGUGGAAUUGAGCAUCACUCUAGCAAACCAGAGGUUCACGGCAGAGCUCGCUGACUCCCAGUCCCCACAUUAUCAGGAGCUGGUGGCCAAGUCUCAACUCCAGAUGCAAAAGGUAUUUAAGAAAUUUCCAGGAUUCAAAGAAAUCCAUGUGCUAGGAUUUAGACCAAAGAAAGGAAAAGAUGGUUCAAGCUCCACAGAGAUGCGACUUUUGGCCAUCUUUAAGAGAGACAUUGCAGAUGCAAAAAGCCCUGCGAGUAACCUCCUGUCUUUUGAUUCCAACAAAAUUGAGAGUGAAGGAGUCCCUCAUGGAAUGAUGGAGGAAGACAAGCAACCAGAAAUCUAUCUCACAGCUUCAGACCUCAAAAAGCUAAUCAGCAGAGCACUAGAGGAAGACAAAUCCUUGGAUGUGGAAACAAUUCAGUUCAUUGAUGAAUUGUUGGGGUCAUUGCCAGGCUCCGAUCCCGACUUCCAGUCAGUGCUGCCCACACUCCUUGCCGAUAUCACAAAGGAUGCUACUUUGAGUCCAGAACUUCCUCUUGAUCAAUCCAGGCUUGAGACAGUGGACAAAACAGGACACAGUACUCCUGACAGUUCUUGGUCUCCGCCUGCUUCCCUAUCAGACACUCUACCUUUCUUUACUGCCUCAAGCAUCUUCUCUCUGACUAAUCAAAGUGUCACAGACAUAAUGCCCGUCGACCAAACAGUACUAAUCCCAGGACUAACCAUCCCCACAGAUGAUUAUUCUGCCAUCAGCCAAUCGGCUCUGGAAAUUUCACAGCCAUCUGCAUCAUCAGGCAGCCAGGAAAUAGUGAGAGACUUAGAUGUAAUGGAUAUAUCUGAUGCCCCUGCCUCCUCUCAGCUACCAAGAUUCAGUGGGUAUGUUUCUACCCCGGAUCGUUUCUUGGAGAAUAUCACACCUAGCCCAGCUUUACAGUACAUCACCACUAGUUCUAUGACCACUGCCAGCAAGGGCCAAGAGCUGGUAGUGUUCUUCAGUCUGCGAGUCGCUAACAUGCCCUUCUCCAACAACCUGUUCAACAAGAGCUCUCUAGAGUACCAGGCUCUGGAGCAACAAUUCACACAGCUGCUGGUUCCAUAUCUACGCUCCAAUCUUACGGGAUUUAAGCAACUUGAAAUUCUUAACUUCAGAAAUGGGAGUGUGAUUGUGAAUAGCAAGUUGAAGUUUGCUAAGUCGGUGCCAUAUAACCUCACCAAGGCUGUGCAGGGGGUCUUGGAGGAUUUUCGUUCUGCCGCAGCCCAACAACUUGACCUGGAGAUAGACAGCUACUCUCUCAACAUCGAACCAGCUGAUCAAGCAGACCCUUGCAAAUUCCUGGCCUGUGGCGAAUUUGCCCAGUGUGUAAAAAAUGAGUGGACCAAGGAAGCAGAGUGUCGCUGCAGACCAGGGUAUGAGAGCCAGGCGCGCCUGGACCACCGGGACUCUGGCCUCUGCACCCCCACAGAGGGAUGUGAGGUCAUCCAGGGAAAGGGAGCUCCAUGCAGGUCACCAGGUCACUCUAAAAAUCAAGCAUACAAAACUAGUGUUAAAAAAUUCCAACAUCAGCAAAAUAACAAGAUAAUCAGGAAAAGAGAUUCUGAAUUACUGGCUGACGGAUAUGAAGAAUUUAACUAUCAAGAUUGGGAAGGAAAUUAAAAACUAAAACUAUGCAGAUUAUAAUUUAAUCUGUCUCAAGAGAAAUGGAUUGCUUUCUCAAGGAAAAUUGU